AUGACUAGUGAACGAUGGAAGAACGAUAUCGCAUAUGCGAUGACCCCUUUCAAAUUGUUAACAUGGCACAUUGGUGUCUGGCCGCUUCAAAAUUAUAAUGUCUAUUCUCUAAUACGAUGCUUUUUUGUCAUUUGUUGCUUGAGCCUAAUGAUGAUCUUACUUUCCAUUGAGAUUUACAUGGAUUGCACUGACGCGGAGGACAACGUGGACUCUCUUAUGUUGAUUUCUUGCGGAAUACUCGGUGUGAUAAAGAUUUUAUGGUUUCGCAUUUACGCAAACAAUCUGACUAAUAAUUAUCGUUCUGCUUUGAACGAUUACUUGACGAUUCAAGAUAUGAAAGAGCGGACUACUAUGCGAAAACACGCUUUUGUAGGGAGGAUACUUUGCUGUUGCAUGUUGUCCUUUUCUUAUAUUAGUUGUACGAUAUAUGGGCUGAUCCCUCUUUUUCGCAAUAAUCAAAAUAUAACAAAUCAAAACAUCGAAUUAAAGUACACUAUACCAUCCAGAUGCGCUUUGGAAUAUCUUCAUGCACCAUUAAGCAUUUAUUCAUAUAGGUUUAUCUGCGUAAUGGAAGCUUUAUUAAUGAUGCUAACGAGUACCACUAAUCACGGUAACGACUCUUUGUUUCUUAACAUUACAUUACAUGUUUGUGGUCAAGUCGAAAUUUUGAAGACCAGAUUUCUCAACUUUGAUAAUACAGAACCGCAAGUCUAUGAACGCUUCAAUGCAUUAAUUCAGAGGCACAGUUACUUGAUAAGGAUGGCGAGAGAACUCGCCGAUAUGAUUAGCUUUGUCUUGCUAAUACAAUUAUUUAUUAUUAGUAUGCAAUUAUGUAUAACAGGAUUUCAGUUUAUCUUAGCCUUGAAAGUCAAUGACGCUGCUAUGGCAGGGAAAAGCUUGAUGGUGCAGUUUACAUUCUUAUCGCAAUUAACGCUAUAUAGUUUUAUCGGUGAUUAUCUGAGAUUGCAAAUGGAAGAAGUAGGACUUUCUAUCUAUCAAAACGCUUGGUAUAACUUUCCUACAAAACUGAUGAAAAAUUUGAUUUUUGUCAUUAUGCGGACAGAAUAUCCUGUCGCUUUGUAUGCUGGCAAUUUUGUAGUAAAUUUAUCAACCUACAUGAGCAUUUUAAAAGCCUCUAUUUCAUAUCUGUCUGUACUUCGUGUAAUGGUGGAAAUAUAA